CUUACGCCUUUAUAAAUGAAUACCAGAGGUAGUGUUAUUGUGAUGGGCAUGUACGCUUAGCGUCAUAUAGUGAAAUGGGUAUAGAUAUGUAACCUUUAACUGACGUAAAGAAAAUUCUGUAACUUGUUUGUACUCUAUGUAUCUUGAUGUCAAUCUGUACUUCGGGGACCCGGACACGCUCCAGCCAAGCGUUACACCUGUUUCUCAAAGAAUGGGUUGUGGAAACACUCCAGCCAGGUGUGACCCUGUUUUCCUACUGAACUUUUACCCUGCCAGUUAAUGCUUUGUAGUUCUCCCCAAUAAAAAGCCUUGCAGGACCCUUGGUCUGCACUACAAGCUGCGAGGCUCCCAGAGGGGAGGGAUGCGCUGUAGUCAGCUGGCCAGCUUAACAAAGGCUCUUAACUUUAAAUUCUGAGUCGGUGGUCUAUCUCGCUGAGUGAACCCAUAACAUUUGGAGGCCCACAGCGAGAUCCCUGGCAGGGGUGAAAGGGACCCCUUAUUUAGGGCAGGAGGCUCUCCCCCGGCAGGGGUGAGAGAGACCCCCUAUUUAAGGCAGGAGGCUCUCCCCCAUUUAUCGCUGGGCACGCAGCGAGAUACCCCACACCUGUGGGGAAUGACUACCAAGGAGGCCUCCAGUCCUGGGUCCCAGGGAGGCGGAGGAGACUCCACCCAAAACUUUUGAUUCGGAAACCGAGCCACCUGGACUCUCGAGAGAGAACAGAUCCUGUUUGUUGCCCCUCUGUCAUCUUAUUCUUAGUUAUAAAUCAUGGGGGAUGAGGAUAAAACAGUUAAACAUGAAGAUUUGGAACCAUCCACAGGGGUGAAUCACACAGCCUCUGCGUAUCAACAAACACAGGAGGAACCUGUUAUAAACCAAAUAGGAUUAGAUGAAAGUGAAUCAACUGAAGGAAGUAGUGGUAUGACCAGCAGUGGAAAAAGACUACAAGAAACAUCAACUGAAUCAAAUCGUUUGCAAAGACUAAGGCAAACAUUUGCUUGCCCUCCACAUGGCUUACUGGAUAAAGUAAUAACAAAUGUUACUAUGGUUGUUCUCCUGUGGGCUGUAGUUUGGUCAAUCACUGGCAGUGAAUGUCUUCCUGGAGGAAACCUGUUUGGGAUUAUAAUCCUUUUCUAUUGUGCCGUCAUCGGAGGCAAACUUUUUGGGUUCAUCAAGUUACCUACGUUGCCUCCACUGCCUCCUCUUCUUGGCAUGCUGCUUGCUGGGUUUCUCAUAAAAAAUAUCCCUGUCAUCAAUGAUAAUGUACAGAUCAAGCACAAGUGGUCCUCUGCUUUGAGAAGCAUAGCCCUGUCUAUCAUAUUGGUUCGUGCUGGCCUUGGGCUUGAUUCAAAGGCCCUGCAGAAGUUGAAGGGUGUUUGUAUGCGAUUAUCCGUCGGUCCUUGUCUUGUGGAGGCAUGCACGUCCGCUCUUCUCGCCCACUUCCUAAUGGGGUUACCAUGGCAAUGGGCAUUUAUCCUGGGUUUUGUUGUAGGUGCUGUCUCUCCAGCUGUCGUGGUGCCUUCAAUGCUCCUUUUGCAGGAAGGAGGUUAUGGUGUUGAAAAAGGUGUCCCAACCUUACUCAUGGCAGCUGGCAGCUUCGAUGACAUUCUGGCCAUCACUGGCUUCAACACGUGCUUAGGCAUGGCCUUUUCCACAGGCUCCACACUGUUUAAUGUCUUCAGAGGAGUUUUGGAGGUGCUGAUUGGUGUGGCAGCUGGAUUUCUUCUUGGAUUUUUCAUUAAGUACUUUCCAAGCAGUGACCAGAGCAAACUCGUAUGGAAGAGAGCCUUCCUUGUCCUGGGGCUCUCUGUGCUAGCGGUGUUCAGCAGCACGUACUUGGGUUUCCCUGGGUCCGGAGGACUCUGCACAUUGGUCAUGGCUUUCCUUGCAGGCCUGGGAUGGGCCAGCAAAAAGGCAGAGGUUCAAAAAAUUAUUGCAGUUGCCUGGAACAUCUUUCAGCCCCUUCUCUUUGGUCUGAUUGGAGCAGAGGUAUCUGUUUCAUCUCUCAGACCAGAAACUGUAGGCCUUUGUGUUGCCACCUUGGGCAUUGCAGUAUUGAUACGAAUUUUGACUACAUUUCUGAUGGUGUGCUUUGCUGGUUUUAACAUAAAAGAAAAGAUAUUCAUUUCUUUUGCAUGGCUUCCGAAGGCCACAGUCCAGGCUGCAAUAGGAUCUGUAGCUUUGGACACAGCAAGAUCACAUGGAGAUAAACAGUCAGAAGAAUAUGGAAUGGACGUGCUGACAGUGGCGUUUCUGGCCAUCCUCAUCACAGCCCCAAUUGGAAGUCUACUGAUUGGCUUGCUGGGCCCCAGGCUUCUCCAGAAAGCUGACCAUCAAAAUAGAGAUGAGGAAGUUCAAGGGGAGACUUCUAUACACCUUUAGAGGUGAAAGGAAAGAAUGCUGAAUAUGAUGAUUAGAAAGCUGCUAACAGAGGCUACUUUUAUCAAGAUGAAUCCUGAAAUAUGUAAUGUGUAAGCUUAAAAUGAAUAGAACCAAAAGUGUGACUAUUUCUUUAAACAGCAUUUUUAGCCAUUACCCUUUCCAUGUGGAUGGUGAUGUUCUGCAUCUCCAACCUGAUCUCUCUACCUUAUUAUUUUUUCAAACACCCCUUCAUCAUAUAUCUCAAUUUGUACAGGGGCAUAUACACUUGAAUGUGCUACCACAAUUUAAAAUUCACCUGGGAAAGACCAAGUUCGGAAUCCUGUUCUGCCAGCCAACAGCUUUCUCCGACUCACUGUUAGUCACAGCUUCAUGGUGCGUGGUCACCCAGCUUCUCGUGUGCUGAGUUGGUUCCUUUUUUUUUUUUGCUCAUCUUUUCUUUUUUGUUUUCUACUCUCUUUCCCUGUUAAUCUGCCUCACCUCCACUUCUACCCCUUUUAUUAGAACAGAUUCGUCCUGCCAAAAUAUUAAAGUACACAAAGCAUCUUCAUUGGUUCUUCCUCUUGCGCUUUCUAGACAACAGAAGCCCUUGUCCUGACUCCUAGGUGGCUACACAGAGUCCCCCUUUCAGUGGCGCCUCUGGGUUUGCCUCCCCCUAAAGAGCGCCCUGUCCAGCCCUUUCUUAUUUGUUUCAGGCUCUUCCUGUUCUCAGGUGAGAGGUAACUCAUUUUCAAAUCUGUGCCAACCUCAUAAGUUGCUGUAAUGAAGAAACAAACAAACAAAUACCAAGUAGAAAUGUAUUUGUGUGUCAUGAAACUGACUGGCUGAUUGAUGCUGACAGGGUUCCUCUGCUCAUGAGGUAACUCAGACCCACCCUCUGUCUGGAGGCUCUGCUCUGCUCAGGACACAGGUUAAAGAUGGGUCUCCUUUCUAGCCCUCAGGACGAAGGGAAAAAGGAAGUCCAAGGCAAGCAAUUUGUUUUUAAGGAAGUGGCAGGAGGGUGGACACACGUCUCCCUUACAUUCUAUUGGUGACAACCACACCAGCUGUGAGGAGGCAGAGAAGCAUUCACAUUCCUACCAGGAAGGAAAGAUCAGAUUGGGGAGCCAGAGGUGCCUUUGUGCUGGCAGGUACCAUCACUUGGUCACAUAGUCUUGCAUUUUAACAAGGGCUUUCACUCUUUAACUAAAAGAGUGACUUCUGUGGCUGGAAUUUCAGACAUUGGGACAUGCCAGCAGAGAGGAUAGUAGAGGAAAAAUUCAUCUGCAUGGGUCACACUGUAUCCUACUUACUCAACUAUCUCUGCUUUUGUGUAUCACCCAUAAGUGCCUUUAUUAUUGUUGGUCAACUCCUAGUUGCUAGGAUAAUCAUGCUAAAAUACUGUUUGCAACUUUUGUCAUGUUGUUUGUAUACAUAAAUAAUUUAUUACUUCUUGUCAUAUCCCAUCCAAACCAUUUAACCUAGAAUUCAAAAUUCUAUCUAACCUUGAAUUAUAUAAUAUGUAGUAAAUGAGUGGAUUAUGAAUAUUCUGAUUCCACCAAAGUGAUCUGUGUACAGCCUCUCCGUGCCCCUUCUCCCAUGAUGUUCACCUCCAUUCAAAACUAGCUUAAUUUGUAUUCAGCUAACAUACUAUAAAAUCAUAACAGGCUUCAUUUUUAUGUCAACCUGAUUCUGAUUACUCUGUGACUUUGGUUACUGUAUUCCCUUACUGUGUAUGUUUUCAAUUUGGACUGAAUUUAUACCAAAGUUCAGAUGGAUCUUUCAAAUUGAACUUCAUUGGUUAGGUGCAUCUUGGUGGUAACACCAUAUACUAAAUGCUCUUGUGUUUCUUCUUACAAGGGUACUAAUUUCAUCAUCAGGGCCCUACCCUUAGGUCGUCAUCUAAACCUAAUUAUUCCCCCAUAGGCCCCAACUCUAAAUACCAUCAAAAUAUGAAUUAGCAGGGAGAUGCAGAGGACACAGUUCAGUUCAGAGCAGGGGUGUCAUACUUCCAAGGAUGGCGCUAAACAAACAUUGAAAAUUCUUGUUCUUCAGUGCCCUUUCUAUGCCUAUAGUCAGUGUCAUUCAUAUCACCUCUGAAAAGUAUUUUUUUUAGAUAGAAUUAUUAGGUUUCAGACCUUUAUUCUGCUUUCACAUUUCAGUGUUUUUCUCUUUGGCAUUAACGUCAAAUAACCUUGAUUGAACUUGGGUGUGCUCAAAAUUUCCUGAGCCAUACAUUUGCAAACAAUCUCAUCCAUUACAUUCUUUAAAAAUAAUAUUUGAUUAUUUUUUCUGAUUAUAAAAUAACAUUUCAAUUACAGAAAAUUUAGAACACAGGAAAGUACAAGAAACAAAACUGAGACUACUCUUAGUGUAAAUACCCAUUUUAUUCAGAUUCUUUUAAAUUUUACCCUUGCAGUUCUGAAGAAUGUGUUAUUUUCAUAAAGAUAUAGUCUCCAUUGAAUUAGUUGGGCCAAAGUUAACAUAAAUGCAUACAUUUGAGUUUUGUGAAGAUAUAUAUAUUGACGACUUUUUAUUGUAUAUAAUGAAUGUUAAGCCUUCCAAAAAUUUUUAUUCACCUGUUCUAAUAUUCAUUUUGCAAUAAAUAAAAUAAAAAUCCUUGCCAUCGUGGAGCUUAUGUUUUAAAAUUCAUCCAUUCACUCAUUCAAAUACACUUAAAAGCAUGUUUGCUACAUGCCAGGCUU